GGCGCGGCCUCUGACGCGCAAGAUGGCGGCGCCCAGUCCGUGACCGGCGCGAUGCUGCGGCUGGUGCUGCGUGGCGCCUCAGCGGUCGCCGGGGGAAGCCACCCCAAGCUCGUCGCCGCGGCGGCGGCGGGUCAAGGGCCGGGGAAGAUCCCUUUCCUCCAAAUAGUCAGAGAAUAUGCCAGGCCUGUCCGGAAAAAAAAAGAAGCUAUCCCCAGCCAUCUGGAUGAUCUGCCUGAUACAAUGUUGAGGAAAAAUUAUGCUAAUGUCUCAGCUGUAGACAAGGUGGAUGAUGAUGUCAGAAGAAUACUGUCUCUGGAAAUGGCAAGCCAGAGGGAAAAAGUGAAGAUGAAGAAAGAGCAGUUGGCAGCCAAAGUCCGCAGGAGCCCAAAUGACUGUGGAUCUGCAGAGGUUCAAGUUGCCUACUUGACAGCCAUGAUCCUCACCCUCAAAGAACAUCUGCAUAUGCACCCCAAGGACAAGGUUAACCUUACCCGCAUGAUGAUAGCCACUGAUCGGCGGACUGUGUUGCUGAAAUAUCUACGUAAUACCCGCUAUGAUACCUUUGAGAACACAUGCAAGCAGCUGGAAAUCGAGUACUUGCCUCCUCCACAAUACCGGCGGAAAAUCACACGGCGCGCAGCUGUCAAGAAGGAAUUUCGAGACAUGAUCUACAAAGAGAAGCAAAAGCUAAGAGCUCUGGAAAGAUUGAAGCAGAUGGAAAAGGAAGAUGAAGGAAUAAAGGAACAGGCUCAGCCAAAGGAGACCCCAAGCUGAACUGGACAUGCCUUCUGUCGAUGGGUGGAGAAACUCAAACCGAGGAACAAAUCUUAAAGAUAAUAAAACUUUGAACACC